AUGCCAACAUGCCCAUCACUAUGGUCCUGCCCCCCACACCUCAGUGGGCCCUGGAUCUCCACUGGCUGUGAGGUACUUCUGGGACCAGAAUUCCUCACCUGCUCCUACACCGUCUACUCCAACCAUCUCUUCCAAGCCUACCAGUUCUACUACAGGGAUCCCUGCCAGGAGCCUGACUACGCACUGCUUAUCAAGGGCAAAAUCUGUCUGUGUUGGGCCUCCUGGGUCACCUCCAGGGGUGCCACAGAGGCCAACUACCAUCUUUGUAAGAUGGACAUAGUCUUCUACAGUCACCAUGCCCUGCUUGACAUUGCCAGGUGCCUCAACCAGACUCAGGCUGGCCAGCACUGUACAGGAUGGCUGCCCCUAGACCGGGCCUGGCUGCUGGGGACAUUGUAUGCCAGCUCCCAGGUACCAAGUGAUUGCAUGGCAGCACUGGGCUUCAACACACAUGAACUCAGUCUUCUGUGCCUUCAGGGUCACAUGCAACAGCAGCAUGGGGUGGUGUCCCAUCUAGCCAAGGAUUUGUUCCUUGGGGAUAUCCACACUGAUGGGCAGAGGCAGCACUACCGCCCCACUGGCUCCCAGUGACCCCUGCAAAGUGUUCUGGUGGUCAGGGUGAGGCUCAGAAGCAAGCUCGUGUGCCACAGGUCUGGGCUUCGAGAACAGGCCAUCUGGUCAGCUCAGAAGACAACAGCGCAGAAGGGCUGGACACAGGGCAUCUCCCGCAGUGCUUACGUGGCUUUUGAGCGUCAGGGCAACGGAACUGUGGCUGCAGCCCCACCGUGCAAUGGCCCUGCCAGCUCCCGAGGCUCAUCAGGAUGCAGGCGGUAUGCAGGGCAGAGCAUCCAGUCUACACCCACAUCCAUUAGCGAGAUGAUUAAGCCUGCAUCAGCCCCUCCUGCAAUACAGCAACUGUAA